AACGCUGACCUAUGUCGUGAUCUCAAGUUUGAGCUUCAUCACCUUCGACACCGUAGCUCCGCUCGUCCACGUCGCAGUUCGGUCGCCUCGCGUGGCAACUACGUGGCAGUUUCAGGGUUACGUCCACAGCAGUAUCGCUGUUUGUGUCGUGGGUCAGCUGCAGCUGCGAAGAUGGUGAAGGGACGCCAAGGAGAGCGGGUCAGGCUCUAUGUGAGGGGUACAGUCCUUGGAUACAAAAGGUCCAAGUCAAACCAGUAUCCCAACACAUCCUUGAUCCAAAUUGAGGGAGUGAACACCAAAGAAGAAGUAGGAUGGUAUGCUGGCAAGAGAAUGGCCUAUAUUUACAAGGCUAAGGUGAAGAAGAAUGGAAGCCACUACCGUUGCAUUUGGGGUAAGGUUACAAGGCCUCACGGUAACAGUGGUGUUGUUCGUGCUAAAUUCAAGUCAAACCUUCCUCCCAGAUCAAUGGGAGCACGGGUUAGAGUGUUCAUGUAUCCAAGUAACAUCUGAGAUACAAGAGAGAAGUCGCUUAGUAGAAUUCACAGCUUCUUUUGUGGGCACAAGGAUUUUUGUUUUACCUUUCGAUAAUUUUGUUAUCUAUCAACUUUUGAGAAUUUUCUUUACGGUUUUAUCCGUUAUCUUGGCUACUGCCUAUGAAGAUUAUAUAUUGGUUUUUAUGAAAUGUGUGGAUUUACUUACCUCCAAA